CACACACGCACACACACGCACACGCACACACACACACACACACACACACACACACACACACACACACACACACACACACACACACACACACACACGCACAGGUGCGGAUCAGUGCCUCUUCCAUCACGAGGAUGCUGGUGGGCAAUGCCCGUGGACAGGGAGGCCGAGAUUUGCCAGAAAGCGCUGGAGCUCCUCUCGGAUCUCUGCUCUAAAGGGGAGGUGCAGAACGAAAACUGCUUGGAUUUCAUUUACUAUUUCCGGGACCUGGCCAGACCGAGGUAUUCCGAAUCAGAUGUCUCAGUGAGCCUGCUAUCAUUGGUGGUGACCGCCUGUGGACUGGCCUUGUUUGGCGUCUCACUCUUUGUCUCCUGGAAGCUAUGCUGGAUCCCAUGGCGCGAACGAGGACUCUCUCCUGGAACCAAAGAGGGCCAAACAGAGCACCCUCUUCCACCUCCUCCACCACUCCAACCACAGGCCAUUUACACAGAAGUGGAUGCCACUCUCGACCGCCGGAACCAACCGCGAGGCUCUGUGGUUAAGGAGACGACUGUUCCUCCGACGCCGGUCUCGCCGCCGGCACCUGGGUCUCCUCCACCGGUCCCGGUGCCUGAAACAUCUCUGAAAAUUAGCCACACUUCACCAGAUAUCGCCAUGGAUGUAGAGUCUAAGGCUGGAGAGGACAGCAUCUACAGCAACGGCCGUAUGCAGAGGCAGAUUACGGAUCCGUCCUCGACUUGUGUUCGGCAAAGCUCCAUAAGGCGCCACAUGAACCAGUCCAACCCUGACUUCAUGGUCGCCCAGUUUCAAAGGCAAGACUCGCUGACGGGGAUGAGUCUCGGCCGACUGAAACCGGAGUUGUACAAGCAGCGCUCAUUAGACAGCGAAGAGAACCGCAGCAGUCGAGGGGGAACCUGCGGCCGCCUCCAUUUCAUCCUGAAAUACGACUGCGAUCUGGAGCAGCUCAUAGUCAAGAUCCACCGUGCCCAAGAUCUUCCUGCCAAGGACUUUUCUGGGACCUCGGAUCCUUACGUUAAGAUCUACCUUCUUCCUGACCGCAAGACCAAGCACCAGACCAAGGUGCACCGAAAGACUCUGAAUCCCGUUUUUGAUGAGGUCUUCCUCUUCCCCGUGGCGUAUGCUGAACUUCCAACACGAAAGCUCCACUUCACAGUUUACGAUUUUGAUCGUUUUUCACGGCAUGACAUCAUCGGACAGGUGGUAGUAGACAACUUCUUGGAUCUGGUGGACUUCCCACGGGAGACCAAGUUGUGCAGGGACAUUCACUAUGUCUCGUCGGACAACGUGGAUUUGGGUGAUCUGAUGUUCUCGCUCUGUUACUUGCCCACUGCUGGCAGACUGACCAUCACGGUGAUAAAAGCUCGCAACCUUAAAGCCAUGGACAUCACCGGAGCUUCAGGUUUGACUACAGCUUCAGGAUUUCUUAUCGUUCUUCAUGGGGGAAAUGAAAACAAGGAAACGCAUCACAUCACAUUAGACACCUUCUUUAUGAACCCCUACGUGAAAGUCUCUCUGAUGUGCGAAGGCCGUAGAUUAAAGAAGAGGAAGACCUCCACUAAGCGGAACACCCUGAACCCUGUCUAUAACGAGGCUAUAGUAUUCGACGUCCCGCCGGAAAACAUCGAUCAGAUUAGCCUUUUGAUAGCUGUGAUGGAUUACGAUCGCGUAGGUCACAACGAGGUCAUCGGUGUGUGUCGGGUGGGUAACGACAGCGAGAGUCUGGGUAGGGACCACUGGAACGAGAUGCUGACGUACCCUCGUAAACCCAUCGCUCGCUGGCAUCCUCUCAUCGAGUACCAGGGCUCCGGCGGAGGGAGUCAAACAGGCUCGUGCAACUCCCUUAAGACUCCUCCGUCCCCGUAGAGUGAUCCCUGCUCCUGUCCUCUUCGAACACGAGCGAGCGCUCGGCUCCGCCCGAGCCGCGGGAUGCUUCAGAGCGAUGGAGCUGCUAAAGCCCAAGCUAACAAACAUGUCUCUUCUAGGAAAGAGACUCUGGAACAGCGUCUGCCUUUGGAAGCCCUUCUUUGCAUGGGAACACUUGAUUGUUUCAGCUGCAUGUUGAGUGGUCACAUA